AUGAGUGGGGACGGAAGACGUGUGGUAUCUGGAUCGUAUGACGGGAGCGUGCGGGUGUGGGACGUGGAGAGAGGGAUCACACUUCAUACCGGGUGGGAAGAGGAUUGGGAAGAAAUCACGGCUCGGUUCCUGAAGACGGCAGACUUUGGUACUGCUUCCCGCGCAGGACGAACAUCACAAAUAUUUGCAAGGGAGGGAAGAAUUGUGCAAAGGCGAGAGGAUGGGUCUGAGGCUGUCUUGGCCCAGUUGGAGAGUUACGUAGAUUACGUAUACCUGCAAGAAGCAAACUUGCAGGUAGACCACGAUCACGGGGUCGCAGUUGCAGGGGCGGGCCAUCUGGUUGCUAUCAUGAAGCUAGUGGUGUAAGCUAGUGGUGUAAGUAAGUACCGAAGUGCGAUGGCCGCUUGCCGCCCGUGACAGUCGUAGUGCGUUGAGGGUUUUAUGCUUUGUUUUUGAUUUGUGAA